AUGGAAUGUUCUUCAGGAUUGGUCGUCGGCUCAAUAGUGGUGCCAUCGGGGCCGCUGUCUCCAGUCGACAACGUCGCGUCUUCACGACCUCCUGAUCACUCUUCAAUCGUCUACUCGACGGAUCGUUCAGGCAUGCCUUCUUUUUAGACAUUAGACGUUGGCUUGAUCUAUCGUGGCUUUUUUUGGUUGCGAACUAGCCUUGCGCUUUCUAUUUGGGCAGUUAGAAGGAUUUCAGUAUCGCCAGCACAGGCUCAGCGGACCGUCGGAAGCAUCGCAGACUACGACCCUCUCAACGGUAAUUGGGGCACCGCCGGUCAUGCUCGUAAUAUCGAAAAGAUAGGACAACUGAGUUAGUUUGUAUCUUUUUCCGUUCCUUUUGCAUGCUACUUAUUUAUUAAGAAAAAAAGUAUUUAAAAAAAUCAUUGGAAAAAAAUAACAUGUCGAAACUGAGGAAACAACAUUAUCAAAAACUUUUUGAGCCCUACUGUUCUCGAUGUUCAAGUUUCAUCCCCGUUAUGAAUAUCAUCUCUUUUUUUGGGGAAAUGUCGAAAAAAAUAAUGUCUCUUUCUGACCAGUUAAAAAAAUUAAAAGAUAAAAAAAAAAAAAGUUUCUGACCAGGGGUGAAAGAAAAAACUAUUUUAUUAAAUAAGUUUCAUCUAGUUUAAAGUUUUAGUCGGCAAACCUUUUUUCCGCCUAGAGUGGUGAGACUUGCCGGCUCGGUUUUUGUCAAUUAUUUUUCUUUCGAAUUACGCCUGUUUAAGGCGGCUGGUUUUGAGGUACCUUAUCUUAUAACCUCGAGAAAUAGGCCCUCAAAGAGUUGGGGAAAAAAAAAACAUCAAAAAAUUUUCCUGGCUUCGAAACUGACGGCACAAUAUUGAACGGCCGCCGUAUCACUGUCUUAAACAUGCGUGUAAUGGAAAGAAAAAAGCACCCUGAAUGCCUCUAAGUAAUUGCAUUUCACCUCGCCGAUCCCCGUUGUUUUGUGGCUGUACGACAAUGUUUCUGUUCGGAAAUGCAUGAAAUCGUGCUUUCUUCCCCUUUGAGAGACUUUUAGACAGGUAACAGUGGGCGGAGAUUGUCGUUUUAGAGAGUCACGUGGACAAGCAACCGGCGAGGUUCUGUGUCGAUUUUGCAGACGAAGGCAGCCGUCUCAAUUCGACAGGCGUCUCGUUGUCGUCGGCGUCGCCACAUUCGACGCUCUCCUCUCCGCAGAACGGCGGAGCCGCUGGUGCGAUGUCGUCGGGUCGGAACUCUGCAAUGAGUCCUUUUGGAGGUGCAGGGUUCGCCGUCAAGGCUAUCUACGAUUAUGCUGCUGCCGACAAGGAUGAGGUUCUUUCUCUUUCCCUUGUGCUUCUGCUUCUUCAAGAAAAAAAGUCCCAAAGUUGUUCUUUUCGGAAAGUUGAACACAGUUGCGUUUUUCUGGACAUGUAAUAAUUCUGCAGGUCUCGUUCCUUGAGGGCGACAUCAUAGUCAACUGCGAAAAAAUCGACGAAGGGUGGAUGACUGGGACUGUUCAACGAACACUUCAGGUUUCCUUUCUAUCUUAUCCAGUUUUUACCGUUGACAAGUAAUUACCGAAAACAGCGCUAAGUAGAACUGAGAGUUACUUGGAGAGCUCUUAAUUAACUUUUAGUGGAUACUUCAAUCGACAGAGUAUAUCGAAGGCGGUUUUUUUCUUUGAAAAUUUUGAGCUGAGAAUAUAAAACCCGAAAAGACUAGCAUCCCUUGAUUCUGAUUCGAAAAAAAAAAUUGAAUCGGUUGUUUUCCAUUAAUGGAACAUAGUAUUGACGGAGAGUUUACUGUAUUGGAAAACUCAAUUGCAGUGGGGCAUGUUGCCAGCGAAUUAUGUACAACCACACAAGCUACCCACAGGUCUCCAUCGACUCAGCUAG